GAUUACGUCAUAAGUUAUUGCGUCAUCGGCAACAGUCGGUUUGUUUUCAUUUUGAUAGGCUUGGUUGCUGUUUAUUACGUCGCAGUUACCACUUCCUUUUCUUUUGUUUUGUUAAUUCAAAAUGGCUUCUUUGGAUGAGUUGUGGGGUAAAUUGAAAGCGGCAACGGAUUCAAAAUCACUGCUCAAGAAAAACUUGACUGAGGAGAUCUACAAUGAGCUGAAAGACAAAAAGACAGGUUGUGGUGGUACACUUGCAGAAUGCAUUAGAUCAGGCUGCGAGAACACUGACAGUGGUACGGGUAUUUAUGCCUCCGAUCCGGAAGCCUAUGAUACGUUCGGCGCCGUGCUCAUGCCCGUGCUCAGGGACUACCACAAGGUCGCAGAGGUGUCUCAUCCAGCCUGUAACUUCGGGGAUAUAGAUAACAUUGGCUUCGGCAACCUUGACCCCGAUAACCAGUUCAUCGUUUCCACACGUGUGAGGGUUGGAAGAAGUCACAAGAGCUUUGGUUUCCCACCAACAUGUAACAAAGAGGAUCGUAUAAAAAUGGAGGAAAUGUGCAAAGCGGCGCUGGAUUCUCUGGAGGGGGAGCACAAGGGCACGUACUUCCCUCUGGUGGGAAUGUCUGAUGACGUCAAACAACAGCUUACAGCUGAUCACUUCCUGUUCAACGACAAAGACAGGUUUCUGAAGGCUGCAGGUGGCUAUGACGAUUGGCCUCAUGGCAGAGGAAUCUUCCACAACCCCGAUAAGACAUUUUUGAUCUGGGUAAACGAGGAGGAUCAUCUCCGGAUCAUAUCCAUGCAGAUGGGCGGUGACCUUGGAGCCGUAUACACGAGACUUGUCAAGGGUAUCCAAAAAAUGUCAGAGAAACUAGAGUUUGCCCAUCAUGACAAGUUAGGUUUCCUGACGUUUUGUCCAACCAAUCUGGGAACCACCCUCCGCGCCAGUGUCCACAUCAAGAUUCCUAAGCUGGCGGCCACUCCAGAGUUCAAGGAAUUCUGUGAUAAAUAUAACAUCCAAGCCAGAGGUAUCCACGGUGAACACACGGAGAGUGUGGGAGGGGUGUACGACAUCUCCAACAAGAGAAGACUGGGUCUUUCCGAGUACGAUGCCCUCAUGGAAAUGAAGGCAGGCGUGGAAGCCGUCAUCGCAGAGGAGAAACGAUUAUCUUAGUUCACGAGGUCAAGGACGUCGAUAGAAAGGUUAACAUAAGGACAGUGUUAUGUCUGUAAAGUCAUGGGAACACUGUCUUGAGGAGUUAUCAUAUCGGCUCUUUACUGAACUUGACUGUCAUGUCAGUCUUUAAUAAAAAAAAAUCUUUAUCAUA